AUGCCCCCGCGCCUCAGUCACCGGAAAUCCACAACAGGCUGUCUUCGAUGUAAAUCUCGGAAGGUUAAGUGUGACGAAAAGCGUCCCAGAUGCACACACUGCGGCCGACACAGCAUCCAAUGUGAAUAUCCAUCACUAUCGACUCGCAUAUAUGAUCCUAGCCAAUUCAAGGCCGUGCAUGCUCGAGGGCGGAGGGCUGCCGAAGCUCCCAAGCUCGAGGAGCCCUCCCCACAUGGAGGGCUGCCAGUCCUUCAAAUUCGUCUCAUGCACCAUUGGGUAACAGCCACUGCAGCUACAAUGAGCGCAGCGGACCUGCCAGCCGUUCACGAGAUGUGGAGCGUCGCUGUACCCGAGAUGGCAUUUGAGUAUGAGCCACUUCUUCACACAUUGCUCGCACUAAGUGCAUCACACCGCGCCACAUUGUUUCCAGACCAGGCGAAUUCUCUGCGGCCUAUUCAACAUGCCUACAUUGACUUUGCUCUUCAGGAACACCGUCCGAUGACAGCCGAUUUAGAUGGGAAUACUAGUGAAGCGGUCUGCGCCAAUGCAAUGUUGCUCUCCUUGUACACUCUGUUCCUCCGAUCGGAACCUUCCUCGGAUUCCUACGAGCCUCCGUUACUGUGGUUAUCCGUGGCGCGGGGCAUUCGAACAAUUAUGAGGACUGUCUUCCAUCAGCUCAUCCAAUCAGACUCCAAGCUCAACCCCUUGUUGUUGGCAAAGCCGCUUCUGUUUCACGAGGGGUUGAGUAACUUCAAGGGAACUGCAAAGCCAUUCCAUUUUAUCCUUGAAUAUCGUCAAGAUGAAGAAAAUAUUGACGAGAAGACGCAGAAAGCCUAUUCUGAGAGCGUCGACUACCUGGAGUGUCUCUAUACAGCCUCGAAAUCCCCAACAUCUAAUUGGGUUCUCCGCAAAAUGUUCACAGGAUUUCCACCAAUGGUCCCCCAAUUUUAUGAGCUGGUUACGGAGAAACGCCCCCGCGCUCUUGUUAUCCUCGGGUACUUGUUCGCGUUGGCCAAGAAGGUAGAGAAUGUUUGGUGGCUCCAGGGGAUUCCUGAGCGGGAGGUGCGUGGAAUCGAAAGCAUUUUACCAGCUGAAUGGAAAUGGACCAUGGUCUGGCCUCUCAACUUGAUUACUGAGGACCCUUCUGUUACAUCUGAAGAAGGCAAUAUUGCAACUGCAACCCCUUCCGCUACAUCAAACAUAGCAGAGGCUUCAUCAUAA